AUGGAUUGGGCAGCCCCCAACCUCCCCAUUCCCGCCCCCAACAAAGGCGACACCGCCGCUGCCACCUUCGAUGCCAAGCUCCAGAAGGAACUGUCCCGCCUGGACAGCAGCGUCCCCUUCAACCCGCGCACCGCCUACCUGCACCACACCUGGGCGCAGACCUUCUUCUCCCGCCCAGAGUUCUACUUUCAGCCCGCCAGUGUCCCGGAGUUGCAGAAGAUCGUCACCCUCGCCCGCCGUCUGCGCAAGCGACUCUGCGUCACCGGUUUCGGCCACUCCCCCUCGGACAUCACCUGCACCUCCUCAUGGCUCAUCAACCUCGACAAUCUGAACCGUGUGCUUGACCUACAGUCCUCUGGCGUCGUGCGCUUUGAGGGCGGCAUCUCCUUGCACGACCUCAACGCCGAGCUCGCAGGCCACGGCCUCACGCUGCCUAACCUCGGCAGUAUCGAUGUGCAGUCUGUGGCCGGCUCCAUCGCCACGGGCACCCAUGGCUCGUCCCUAAGGCACGGCCUGAUAUCCUCGUCCAUUCUCUCCCUGACACUCCUGCUCUCUAACUCCCAACUCAUCACUUGCUCCCCGGACAAGAAUCCGGAACUCUUCCGCGCCGCGCUCGUCUCCCUUGGCUCCCUCGGCAUCAUCGUCGAGAUCACCAUGCAGGUGGUGCCGGACUUCAACAUCUCCUGGACUCAGUCACUGCACUCGCUCUCCUCCGUCCUGGCCAGAUGGUCCACCAAUCUCUGGACCCAGCAGGAAUACACCCGCGUCUGGUGGAUGCCCUACUCACAACGUGCAGUCAUUUGGUCCGCCACCAAAACCACCGAACCACUCCGCUCCCCCGAGACGACCUUCUACGGCGGCGCCUUCGGCUACUACCUCUACCACAACCUGCUCUACCUCGCCCACUACAUCCCCCGUAUCCUCCCCACCGUCGAAUGGCUCAUCUUUGGCAUGCAAUACGGCUUUCGGCCGGGCGACUACACCAUGUCCGCCGUGCAACCCGCGCGCGAAGGCCUGCUCAUGGACUGCCUCUACUCGCAAUUCGUCAACGAAUGGGCGCUCCCCCUCUCCCGCGGCCCCGAAGCCAUCACGCGCCUCGACGCCUGGAUCCACAACAAACCGCAGUCCCAACACGGCAUCCCCUUCUCCCCCGGCGGCGUCUGGGUGCACUGCCCCAUCGAAGUGCGCGUCUCCACGACGGAAACCGAGAACAACCGCACCGGCGUCCGCGCCUACCUCGACCCCCUGCACGAGCACGAACCCACCCUGUACCUCAACGCCACGCUCUACCGGCCCUACGGCAAGGACCCGCCCUGCUGGAAACGCUACUACCAGGCCUUUGAGUGGCUGAUGCGCGACCUGGGCGGCCGGCCGCACUGGGCCAAGAACUUUGAGUGGACAUCGAAACAGGAGAUUGCAGACAUGUACGGCGACGACAUGCAGGCCUGGCUGAAGGUGCGCGCCGACGUCGAUCCUGAUGGCUUGUUUGUCGGCGAGUGGCAGAGACGCACCCUUAUGAUCGGCCCCGACGAUGACGAAAGCAACGCUACUAUAAUCGGAGGUGAGUGGAAGCGCCACGUUGGCAAGAUGGGCCGCAAGUGGGGCGACGGUCUGUUCUGGGAAGGGGAGCUGAAUAAUGUCAGCCAGAGGAUCGGGGAAGAGGCGGAGGGCGCUAGCGUUAAGGCUGAUGCUCAAGGUGCGCUGCGUGGUGGGAAGAAGGAGGGGGAGCAAGGCGACGAUACGCCCAGUCCGCCCUCGCCCGCGACGGCAACCAGUGAGGAGAGUUUCGACUACAUGGCGAAGGGGGAGGCGAGCGUUUAUGCCGUGAGGGAGUAG